AUGAAAGUGAUUGCAGUGGCAGAGGCAUUUGGAUAUCUGAACCCGCCAAGGUCAGAAAGAUCGUAUUGGAUUCAUCCGUUUAAUAUAGUACGGGAAACUAAUAAUCGGUUUUUUUCAUUUUAUGGAGACAUUCGAAAAUAUCCGAAUAAAUUUGUAGAGUACUAUAGAAUGUCCAUCUCUUCAUUUGACGAGCUAUUAGAAAAACUACGUCCCUACAUUACAAAAAAAACUACGAAGUUCCGACGUCCGGUGUGUGCAGAAGAAAGAUUGACUAUUACAAUCAAAUAUUUGUCAGUUGGAACUAAUUUUGUGGCGUUACAAUAUGAAUUUUUAUUGGGACGAAGUACAAUAGGUAAUAUUGUUCGUGAAACCUGUCAGAUUUUAUGGAAUACUCUACAGCCUGAAGAAAUGCCAGAACCUAAUCCCGAUCAAUGGUUAGAAAUAGCUAAUAAAUUUUAUUUAAAAACCAAUUUUCCAAAUUGUGUAGGGGCAGUCGAUGGUAAACACAUUCGAUGUAUUAAACCUAUUAAUUCUGGAACAAUGUUCUUUAAUUAUAAAAAAUUAUACUCAAUAAAAUGGUACAAAGACGGGAACGAAUUCUAUAGAUUUCUGCCACUGGAAUCUCCACAAGUACAAGUCUUCGAAGUAAUGGGGGUGUAUGUUGAUAAAAUGCAGUCUACGGCAAGAAGCGUUCACCUUAGGGGUCUGGAACUGGCGAGCAGUGGAAGAUACCGGUGCGAGGUCUCCGCCGAUGCACCGUGCUUUCAAACUGUCACCAACCGUAGUGUUAUGCUCACUACUGUCGCCCUGCGCGAUGAAGGACCUCAUAUAUCCAAGGUUGACCCUGUCUACACAUCGAGCAACUCGUCUCUCAAUGUUCAAUCGCUCGACAUCACAGUCUAUACAUAA